UCUGGCCUAGCCCCAGUGGCAGAUUAACCCUGGGGAGCUGAGGGGGCAAAGUGAAGAGCCCCAGUCUCUGUGGCCAGGAUAUGGGGUCCUUCAACUAGUUCUGCCCUUCUUCAGGCUCAGUUUCCCUCUGCUAGCCUUCCCAAGCCUGUGUGAUUGUGAGAGCCUGUGUGGGAUGGGUGUCUGGGAGGGCAGCUGGGGCACAAAUAUAGGGUGCAGAGUGGAAGAGGGGGGCAGGGUCUCUGAGGGCCAGGGCCAGGAUGGACAGGGCCCUGAGACCAAGGAUGGGGAGACUGGAGAUGGUGACUUUCUCUGCUUGGUUCUGAGCUGAAGAGAAAACGAAAGCAAAAAGUCCCAAACGGCAGUCUACACAGUGCUAGGAUGUCCAAAAUCUCACCUUGAGCCCUGUUUUGAGAUUUUGACGAGAUGGACUGCCCCCCCCCCACCCCUGACACACACAUACACUCACAUCUACUUUCCCUGUUGACUUCAGGACCUGUGGUCACUUCGGUGUCCCUCCCUAGGGCCAGCCUCUCUACCUUGCUAUCUAACUUCCAAAGCCUAGAGUCUAUUACUUCCCCAGUCAGGGGGCGUUGGGGAUGGCUUUUUAAGAACGAGAGGCUGGGAACCUUGGGUGCUCACCUGGGCUUCAGUUUCCCUAGAGGUUGGAGACUAACUACCCUUUAGAGACUCUUCCUUCCCUCUUCCCUGGUGGGUUCUCAGCCAGCAAUGGCUCCUCUCUGGAAAUCCAAGGCUCAGGAUAGGGACUGGACUCCCAAGUUUGUAACUGUGACCUUCUGCUGCAAAGCUGUUGACUUUGGAGUCCCGGGAGGUUUGUGCAGGGUGUUGGACAUUCUUCUGGGUCUUCUGUUUUCUGUUUGAGCCUCUACUCUCUGUAAUCCUCCAUCUCUGCUAAAUUUGGGAUGAGCACAGAGCCCAUCUCCAGCCCCAGAUCUGGGCAGGGCUGAGAGACAGGCCAAAGGAGUGUCCCAGGAGUUUCUCAUCCUAGUUAGGGGCACCACCUCUCCCUGGCUCCUCAGUCCCUGGGAAAGGAGUUUGCGGGAGGCAGAGUCAGAAGGGGUAGCCACUCUCAGGUUCCACUGUUCCCUACCUGUUUGUCUGUCUGUCUGUCUGUCUCUCUCUCUCUCUCUCUGCAGGAGCUGGGUCCCUCCUCAUCCUUUUCCUGUCUGUCCUUUCCUGGUCUAUUUACACCUCUCUUUGCCUUUGCUGCUUCUGCCCUCACCCCCUGGAGGCCCAGGUCUGCUGGACCCAUCCAUCCCCUUUGGGGCCAUGGGAUCACUGCUUGGGUUCCUGGCUCUGCUGCUGCUGUGGGGCGCUGUGGCUGAGGGCCCAGCCAAGAAGGUGCUGACCCUGGAGGGGGACCUGAUUCUGGGUGGGCUGUUUCCGGUACACCAGAAGGGCGGCCCAGCAGAGGAGUGUGGUCCUGUCAAUGAACAUCGUGGCAUCCAGCGCCUGGAGGCCAUGCUUUUUGCACUGGAUCGUAUCAACCAUGACCCGAGCCUGCUGCCGGGCGUGCGCCUGGGUGCGCACAUACUCGACAGUUGCUCCAAGGACACACAUGCCCUGGAGCAGGCACUUGACUUCGUGCGUGCAUCACUCAGCCAUGGUGCCGAUGGCUCACGCCACGUUUGCCCCGAUGGUUCUUAUGCCACCCAUGGUGAUGCUCCCACUGCCAUCACUGGUGUCAUUGGCGGCUCCUACAGCGAUGUCUCCAUCCAGCCAUUUCAUAGAUGAGGAAACUGAGGCUUGGAGAGAGGCAAGACACAAGUCCAGGUGCUCACAAAGUGGAGACGUGAACCUAGGGCUCUCAGCCAAGGACUUCCGGGACUGUCAGAUCAUCUCUCUUUGGAUUGGAAAGGGGUGGAAGAUAGAAGCCAAGAGCAAACCAGAGAAGAGAAACAGGGGUUGGGGGCCCAGAAGGAAGAGAAGCAGGAUGUGUGUGGAGGUGGCCAACCUCCUGCGGCUAUUUCAGAUCCCUCAGAUCAGCUAUGCAUCCACCAGUGCCAAGCUGAGUGACAAGUCCCGCUAUGACUACUUUGCCCGCACGGUGCCCCCUGACUUCUUCCAAGCCAAAGCCAUGGCUGAGAUUCUCCGCUUCUUCAACUGGACCUAUGUGUCCACUGUGGCAUCCGAGGGCGACUAUGGCGAGACAGGCAUCGAAGCCUUUGAGCUAGAGGCCCGUGCCCGCAACAUCUGUGUGGCCACCUCGGAGAAGGUGGGCCGUGCUAUGAGCCGCACAGCCUUCGAGGGCGUGGUGCGAGCCCUGCUGCAGAAACCCAGUGCCCGCGUGGCUGUCCUGUUCACCCGUUCCGAGGAUGCCCGUGAGCUCCUCGCUGCCACCCAGCGUCUCAAUGCCAGCUUCACCUGGGUGGCCAGCGAUGGCUGGGGGGCCCUGGAGAGCGUGGUGGCAGGUAGCGAGGGCGCUGCUGAAGGUGCCAUCACCAUAGAGCUGGCUUCCUACCCCAUCAGCGACUUUGCCUCCUACUUCCGGAGCCUGGACCCGUGGAAUAACAGCCGGAACCCCUGGUUCCGCGAGUUCUGGGAGCAGAGGUUCCGCUGCAGCUUCCGGCAGAGAGACUGUGCAGCCCACUCCCUGCAGGCUGUGCCCUUUGAGCAAGAGUCCAAGAUCAUGUUUGUGGUCAAUGCGGUGUAUGCCAUGGCCCACGCACUGCACAACAUGCAUCGUGCCCUCUGCCCCAACACCACCCGCCUCUGUGAUGCAAUGCGGCCUGUCAACGGGCGCCGCCUCUACAAAGACUUCGUGCUCAACGUCAAGUUCGAUGCCCCCUUCCGCCCAGCUGACACCCACAGUGAGGUCCGCUUCGACCGCUUUGGGGACGGUAUUGGUCGCUACAAUAUCUUCACCUAUCUGCGGGCAGGCAGUGGGCGCUAUCGCUACCAGAAGGUGGGCUACUGGGCAGAAGGCCUGACCCUGGACACCAGCCUCAUCCCAUGGGCCUCCCUCUCAGCCGGGCCCCUGCCCGCCUCUCGCUGCAGUGAGCCCUGCCUCCAGAAUGAGGUGAAAAGCAUGCAGCCGGGGGAGGUCUGCUGCUGGCUCUGCAUCCCCUGCCAGCCCUAUGAGUACCGGCUGGAUGAGUUCACCUGUGCUGACUGUGGCCUGGGCUACUGGCCCAAUGCCAGCCUGACUGGCUGCUUUGAGCUGCCCCAGGAGUACAUCCGCUGGGGCGAUGCCUGGGCCGUGGGACCUGUCACCAUCGCCUGCCUAGGCGCCCUGGUCACCCUCUUUGUACUGGGCGUCUUCGUGCGGCACAAUGCCACCCCAGUGGUCAAGGCCUCUGGCCGGGAGCUCUGCUACAUCCUGCUGGGUGGUGUCUUCCUCUGCUACUGCAUGACCUUCGUCUUCAUUGCCAAGCCAUCCACAGUGGUGUGCACCUUACGGCGCCUCGGUUUGGGCACUGCCUUCUCCAUCUGCUACUCGGCCCUGCUCACCAAGACCAACCGCAUUGCACGCAUCUUCGGUGGGGCCCGGGAGGGAGCCCAGCGGCCACGCUUCAUCAGCCCUGCCUCGCAGGUGGCCAUCUGUCUGGCCCUUAUCUCGGGCCAGCUGCUCAUCGUGGCUGCCUGGCUGGUGGUGGAGGCACCAGGCACGGGCAAGGAGACAGCUCCUGAGCGGCGGGAGGUAGUGACAUUGCGCUGCAACCACCGUGAUGCAAGCAUGCUGGGCUCGCUGGCCUACAAUGUGCUCCUCAUUGCGCUCUGCACACUCUAUGCCUUCAAGACCCGCAAGUGCCCUGAAAACUUCAAUGAGGCCAAGUUCAUCGGCUUCACCAUGUACACCACCUGCAUCAUCUGGCUGGCCUUCCUGCCCAUCUUCUAUGUCACCUCCAGUGACUACCGGGUGCAGACCACCACCAUGUGCGUGUCGGUCAGCCUCAGCGGCUCUGUGGUGCUCGGCUGUCUGUUCGCGCCCAAGCUGCACAUCAUCCUGUUCCAGCCACAGAAGAACGUGGUUAGCCACCGCGCACCCACCAGCCGCUUCAGCAGUGCAGCUGCCAGAGCCAGCUCCAGCCUCGGCCAAGGGUCUGGCUCCCAGUUUGUCCCCACUGUUUGCAACGGCCGCGAGGUGGUGGACUCAACAACAUCAUCGCUUUGAGGAUCCCCACACUCCUGCCCCGACACGGCUGCUCCCCAGAAGCCGGUGCAGACCCGUGUCCAGGGCCAGGAGGAAGAUGGCUGGAGCACUGCAAUAAUGCCAACCCCAUGCCCACCCCCAGCGCCACUUACCAACCUAUUCACUCCAACCCUUCAGAGUCAGAAGUCAGGGUCCUUGGUCUGGGAGCCUCUAUAACAACCACCAACUGCCCUUGCAGCUGUGUCCCCUCCUUGCCUGGCCCAGGACUUGGAAGGGAGCAAGCCAGGGUCCACUCUGCACUGGAACCGGCUGGCUGAGGACUGAAGGCCCCAAUCCCCAAUCAGCAAAGGUGCUUCCAGCCCUGCCCCUCCCUCCUUCUAGAACCUUUUAAAUUUUUUAUAUAAGUUAUUCUGGGAUGGGGAGGGGGGUCAAAAUGGGGGCUGUCGCUCCCCCUGCACAGUAGUUUGUCCUGUGGUUUAUUUUGUAUUAUCUGUAAAUAAA